CACCCCGGUUGCCUAGGCGACGAGGGCUGCUUCCUCUAGCGGUAAUAUGGCAGGGUCCUCCGGAGCGACCCCAGGGGCGGUGACUCCAGCAGGCAGCACAGGUGAUUCUGAGAAAAAUACUGAAUUCCAGGAGAAUGAAAAGAUUCUGUCUCCGGAUUUUCUCUCAGCUGACCAGAUCACUGACCUGCUGGAAGAACCGGAUGUGGAUGGAAUUCAAGAAAAAAUGAGUGUAUUUCUGAAUUUUAAAAAUCUCCAGACUUGUUUAAGAGAUGCCAUUCUCCUAGACUACUACGUGUCCGGGUUCUUUUGGGCCAAAGGAAUGGACUUUUCUAUUGACCAAUAUUCAAAAUUCAUGACUUUGCUGGACAUGUUACUGCACAAUCUUCAAACACUCCACAUGUCCUUAGAGGACAGUAUCAAGUGGCUUGGGGAAGUGAUGGCAGAGAUCGGACCUAACCGCUCACGGAAGAACGAGGAGCCGCAUGUCUUUGACGUCAAAGAAGCCAACGCCAUCACCGAUUACCUGAAAAUCAGCUUAUUCCAGCACUACAGGCUCUACGAGUUUAUGUUCUACUCGACCAGGGAAGAAAUCGUCAUCGGAACCGAGCAAACCAUAGAAGCUGUCAAGCCUGCAGACUACCCUUUCCCAGCCCCGCUGGAGGAAGGAAUCUCUUUGGACAUCUAUUCAGCCUUCAUAGAUCGAUCGCCAACCCCAGAGACUGAACAGAAGGUGCCGGAUCACGAGCAGAGCCCUCAGGAGCCCCAGCCAGAGACCGAAACGGCAGAGGUGGAUCCUUUAGUUGGCUUCACUAUUGAUGACGUAAAAUCAGCAUUGGCUCGCGUGACAGAUGAGGUUUUGUUGAACAUUCAGAAGGAGAUAAACGAAAAACUGCAAGCACAGGAAGAGGCCUUCACUGCACGAAUAGAGAAAUUGAAAAAGGCCUGAGGACUCCUCCAUACCAGUGAAGGGAUGCCGAACUUCAGAGAAACAAACAAACCCGGCCGGAAUAAUAAGACUCUCUGGAGUGCUGUGGCGCCUCCAUGUAGCUGUGAAAGGAAAGCCCUCUUUCCUUUAUCCCGACCGAUGAGCCACGCCUUGUCCUGCCUCCCCUGUCCCACACCCACCU